UUCAAAUUUCCAAGACUUGCUGCUCGUUCUCUCUCCCAGCCGCACGCACGAAGAAAUGAAAGAAAACAAUUUCUCUCUCUCCCGCUCGAUCUCUUCAUCUCUCUGACGUCCGCUCCUCACGAUCAUCUUCCCCAUCUUCGACUCCGGCCGCCGGACGUUCCGGUCGUCUAUCGUCAUCGCGACCAGCCGCAACCUGUACCGCCGUCGGCAUACCACGCUGCCACUGCCGCCGUGAGUGAUCAGCUCCGUACAGCAGUAGACGGCCGUUUACGUUGGGUUUUCUUCAACCCAAUUAACCUUGAGUCGAUUUACCCACCUGGUUUCGGCGUUCGAUCUCAGUUUUCGAGCAUUUUGGGAAACUGUUCAGCAAUGGAUUGAGUUCUCUUUGGAGAAAAGAUGCAAGGCUCAAUUCAGCUUCAGUCCGAGUUUAGGCUGGGUCAACGAGUCCACUUUGUUGGUGAUCCCCGACGUAUUGGAACUGUGGCUUUCGUAGGAACCCUAGAAGGAUAUUCAGGAACUUGGGUCGGAGUGGACUGGGAUGACAACAAUGGCAAGCAUGAUGGUUCCAUUAAUGGGGUCCGAUAUUUCCAGGCAAAGUUAGAACGAUCUGGUUCUUUCGUUCGUGUCCAGAAUUUGAGUUUUGGCAUUAACCUGCUCCAAGCAUUGGAGCUCAGGUACAGAGGUGACUCUACGAAAGAAGAAGAGGAUGAAAUGUAUGUACUCUCAGCCAGUGACAAGCGUGUAUCUGUUCAAUUUGUUGGUAAAGAUCUUAUUAAAGACAAGCUUAGUCGUUUUGAGGAGUUAACUAGUGUAUCAUUAUCAUACAUGGGCGUUAGCUCUCUUGGGAAUCCAUGUCAGAUUGGCUCUGUCUUGCCAAACCUGAAGCAGCUUGACCUAACUGGAAAUUUGCUAUCAGAUUGGAAGGAUAUUAGCAUCAUUUGUGACCAGUUACAAGCUCUUGUAGCCCUCAUUUUAUCGAACAACUCAUUAUCUCAUGAUAUCUCAGGGCCCCUUCAAUUGAAACACAUUCGUAUUUUAGUUCUAAACAGCACUGGAAUAACUUGGACGGAGGUUGAAAUUCUUAAACAUUCACUGCCAACUAUUGAAGAACUACAUUUGAUGAGAAAUAAUAUAAGCACAAUAACGCCUGAAUCAUCCUCUAUGGUCCAAGGAUUUAAUCUUUUGCGACUUCUGAAUCUGGAAAGUAACUGUAUAGCUGAGUGGAACGAAAUAUUGAAACUUGGACAAUUAACAAGCUUGGAGCAGAUUCAGUUGAAUAACAACAAAUUGGGCUCUAUAUUUUAUCCUAACUUAGAUGAAUUGCACGAGUUAUUUGGAGAUGUUGAAUCACGAGGAGACUGUUUUCUAUUCCAAAAUUUGCGAUGCCUCUUUCUCGGAGGCAACAAUAUUGAUGAUUUGGCUUCUAUUGACUUCUUAAACUCAUUCCCUCAGUUGAUUGACAUCAGGCUUUCAGAGAAUCCAAUAGCUGAUCCCACGAAGGGCGGGAUUCCCAGAUAUGUUUUAAUUGCACGAUUAUCCAAAGUUCAAAUAAUAAAUGGGAGUGAGGUAACUCCUCGUGAAAGAAGAGACUCUGAAAUACGCUACGUACGCAUGGUUAUGUCAAAUAUGGAUAGCGAUCCUGAGGAAACAUUAAGGCUGCAUCCUAGAUUUGAAGAGCUUAAGAAUUUUUAUGGGAUUGAAGAUAAUAGGGCGUCGGUCGGACCUACUGGACCUCAGAAACUGUCUUCUGGCCUCAUAUCAAUCACUCUAAAGUGUGUGGGAGCAUCAAUUGGUGAGAAGCCUCCAUUGACAAAGAAAUUACCACCCACUACAUCAGUUGGCAAGUUAAAGAUGCUUUGUGAAAGCUUUUUCAAACUAAAAUCUAUCAGACUAAAGUUGUAUCUUCAAGAAGAGGAUUUGCCCGUGCCAAUAUUGCUCGAGGAUGAUAUGACAUCUCUUAUGGAUCUUGGUGUUGGCAAUAAAUCUAACAUUCUUGUGGAUGAAGAGAGUUGAAGGAAAUAAACCAAAAGGUUCUUUGAAUAUUGUUGUUAUUUUUCCUUUUCUACCCUUGAUUUUGAUUUUUUUUUUUAUUACCAUGGUUCACUCUCCCUAUGUUUGAAAGAUGUUACCAAGUUUAAUUGUUGGUCUUGUACCGAUUAUUAUCACAAGUUUUUAUGUUAAGUUUGCUCCCA